UUGCUGGAUCUUUUUUGCACAUUAGCAGACAUUUACAAUAGCAUACGGCGCGCUCUCUCUCUGUGCAACAAAAAGUGAGAAAACCCAAUAAAAUAUUGAAACAAAAUACUAGUGAUUUUAGCAGAGAUGAAAGAAAUGCCUAGCAAGGGUGCAGUAGUGGAGGAAAAGAAGGUUCCUUUACUUGAAGAUUUGGAUUCUAAGUAUGAAGAAGAUGAUCAAAAUCAGACCCUGAUAAGGAGGUUCUGGAUUGAAUCAAAAAAACUAUGGCCGAUUGUUGGUCCUGCAAUCGUCAGCCGUAUCACCUCAUAUUCUAUGCUGGUUAUCACUCAAGCUUUUGCAGGUCAUUUGGGUGAACUUGAGCUUGCUGCCAUUUCAGUUUCCAAUAAUGUUAUUGUGGGUCUUGAUUUCGGUCUCAUGUUGGGAAUGGCAAGUGCAUUGGAAACACUAUGUGGGCAAGCGUUUGGGGCAAAGAAGUACUACAUGUUGGGAGUGUAUAUGCAGCGAUCAUGGAUUGUGUUGUUCUUGUGCUGUAUCCUCCUUUUGCCUCUAUAUCUCUUUGCCUCUCCAAUCUUAAAAAUCUUUGGACAGCCUUCAGACAUAGCUGAGUUAUCUGGGGUUGUUUCCAUAUGGUUGAUACCACUUCACUUCAGCUUUGCUUUGCAGUUCCCUCUGCAGAGGUUCUUGCAAAGCCAGCUAAAGAACAUGGUGACAGCAUGGGUGUCAACGGCAGCUCUUUUAGUGCAUGUGUUUGUGAGUUGGUUGUUUGUGUAUAAGUUUCAACUGGGUCUGGUUGGUACUGCAGUUACAUUAAACUUUUCUUGGUGGGUUUUGGUUUUUGGGCAUAUGGGUUAUACUAUUUUUGGUGGGUGUCCUCAUACUUGGACUGGUUUCUCCAUUGAAGCAUUUUCUGGUCUCUGGGAAUUCGCCAAACUAUCUGCUGCUUCUGGUGUCAUGCUCUGCUUGGAGAAUUGGUAUUACAGAAUACUGAUAUUGAUGACUGGAAAUCUUCAGAAUCCAAAGAUUGCUGUGGAUUCUUUGUCGAUCUGCAUGAGCAUCAAUGGAUGGGAGAUGAUGAUUCCAUUCGCAUUCUUCGCUGGGACCGGAGUAAGGGUUGCAAAUGAGCUUGGAGCUGGCAAUGGCAGAGGAGCCAAGUUCGCGACGAUCGUGGCGGUUUCAACAUCAAUUGUUAUUGGCAUUUUCUUCUGGAUAUUGAUCUUCUUCUUCCACAAGAAUAUUGGCAUGAUAUUCACUUCAAGUGAGACAGUCUUAGAAGCAGUGAACCGGCUCUCAAUCCUCUUAGCCUUCACUGUUCUCCUCAACAGUGUUCAGCCAGUUCUCUCAGGAGUGGCUGUGGGUUCUGGAUGGCAGUCCUAUGUUGCAUACGUCAACUUAGGUUGCUAUUAUCUGAUUGGUGUCCCCCUUGGAUUUUUGAUGGGCUGGGUUUUCGACCAAGGAGUUAUGGGAAUCUGGGCUGGAAUGAUUUUUGGUGGGACUGCAAUACAAACCUCGGUAUUAGCCAUCAUUACUUACCGAUGUAAUUGGGAUAAUGAGGCAGAGAAAGCAAGCAUGCGCGUACAAAAAUGGGAAGGAAACAUUUGAAAGGACCUUGAGGUCCAGAGUUCUAUUCUCACCAGGGAUUUGAGAUUUGGGUAGUUUUCCAUCCAUUGUGAUGGCCUUCAUGCCCCUCGGGUAUGGCUUAGCGUGUGUGUGGCAUUUAAAAAAAAAAAACAGAGAGAUUCCCUUUUGUACAAUAAAUUUGUUUUGAAGAUUAUACAUAUUUUUAUAUUUGCAUCAAAAUGCUUCUUCUAAUUAAUGAAAUUUAGGGUUUGUUUGCUA